CAUUUCGCUUUUCCCCAAUACCAAGAGGAGAGAGGGAGCGAUAGAGAGCGCGGGAUGCGAGAGGAGGUCGUAAGCUCGGGGACGGUGGAUCCCCUCGCGCUUGCUAGGUCGUCUUCUCCUCCUCCGACUCCAGCCGCGAGCUCUGCUGGAGCAUCCUCAGCUGCUGCUCCAGCCAAUAUAGCCAGCAUAGAUUGGCAUGUUAGUGCACAUGGUUCCAAAGUAGGUCCUUUGUCCUGUAUUGGUCCCCAGCCCCUUCGGACUUCUUUGAGCACAAAUGCUGGCGGAAUUGCUCUGGGCUCCUCACAACCUUCAUGCAGACCAUGGGAAAGGGGAGAUCUUCUUCGGCGUCUCUCCACAUUUAAUACUUCAAAUUGGUUUGCAAAACCAAAGGCAGCCAGCUCAUUGGCUUGCGCCCGAAGAGGUUGGAUGAACACUGAUAUGGACAGAAUUGAAUGUGAAUCAUGUGGUGCACAGCUCACAUUUACUACACUGGUAUCCUGGACACCUUCUGAAGUUAAUCAUGCUGGGGAAGCAUUUGCGGAACAGCUUGAUGCAGGCCACAAAGUUACUUGUCCUUGGAGAGGAAAUUGCUGUGCUGACAGCUUGGCGCAGUUCCCUCCAAGUCCUCCAUCGGCACUUAUUGGGGGUUAUAAAGAUCGGUGUGAUGGGCUUUUGCAAUUUCACUCCCUUCCUGUAAUAGCUUCAUCUGCAAUUGAGACUAUAAGGCUCACAAGGAGCAAUCAAAUUGAUCGUCUUCUAUCACAACCACAUACAUUUUUAUCUGGGGAAUUAGGCUGUAAAGCUGAUAGUACGCCAGGAUUAGAAAUCUCUCGAGAUGAAGCCUUUGGUAGCCAUUCUCAUGCGCAGAAGCUUGUAAGCUUGUGUGGGUGGGAGCCUAGAUGGCUUCCAAAUGUUCAAGAUUUUGAAGAGAAUUCAGCUCAAUCUGCUAGAAAUGCAUGCUGUGUUGGCCCAGCUGAAGAUGAACUUCAUCAUUGUCACUUUCCUCGACUUAAUAAGAAUGCAUUCUCUGUCUCAGCAAAGAAGGAUGCUGGAAAGAAGUUGAAGUCUGCUAAAGAAUCUUGUCGCAACAUGAGGUCUCCAUUACUAGAUUGCAGCUUAUGUGGGGCUACUGUCAGAAUCUGGGAUUUCUGCACUGUGCUUCGUCCUACACAUUUUGGCCCCAAUGCCGAUACUCCUGAUCUGGGCAAAAAAAUGGCAUUGACAUGUGGAGUUAGUGCAGCCAGUGCAAUCAAUGGAUGGGUUGCUGCUGAGGAAAUGGAGAAGGGACAAAUGGAGGGUCGUGAUGAAGCAGCAACAACUGAUGAGGGGAAAUCACUAUCAGAUGCUGGUGUGGAUUUGAAUCUCACGAUGGCCGGAGGGUUACCAUCCAUUCAGUCUGGCAUUCCAGCAAUAUCUGAACAUUUUAACGAUGGCGGAAUGGGGAGAGAUCUGAUGAUUGGGCAGCCUACUGGAAGUGAGGUUGGUGACCAUGCAGCUUCAUAUGAGUCACGGGGUCCAAGCACUAGGAAACGCUGCCUGGAGAAAGGUGGAAGCACAGUUGACAGACCCCAGGACAGGAUUCAACAGGCUGACAGUAUAGAAGGGACUGUUAUUGACCGUGAUGGUGAUGAAGUUGAUGACGGCACACUUGAUUCAGAUGGCCCCACUAAACGUGCUCGUGGGUUCGAUGUCUUUAAAACUUACCAUCCAUCAUGCAGGAUAGAUUCUUCUGGUGCUGGUCCUAGUCGUAAUUUAUGCUUUGAUAUAGAUAUAGAUGUCAAUAGAGUUGAUUCUUUUAAAGAAGGGAGUGAUGUAGCUGUUGGCCUCCCAUCCACAAGAGAUUCUGCUCGGGCAUCCUCUGUUAUUGCAAUGGAUACGAUUUAUCAUAGCCCUGACGAGGAUUCUAUGGAAAGUGUUGAGAAUUAUCCUGGAGAUGCUGAUGCUGUUCAAUUUCCCUCUCCAAGCAUGCAGAGGAACCUUGACAUGAAUGAUGCAUUGGAUCUAAAUUACAGUAAUCAAGCACAGCAAAGCACUUGUGUACAACCUGCUGCUGGAAGUAUUGCCAGAGAAAUGGGAGGCAGCAGUACAAAUGAGGGGGAAGAAAUUCUAAAUGCAGAAACAGUCACAGCUUAUGCUAGGGAUAGGUUUAGUUUAGGAAUUAGUGGAGGGAGUGUUUGUAUGGGUGCGAGUCAUGAAGCUGAAAUCCAUGGAGCUGAUUUUUCUGCGCAUAGAGCAGAUAGUGCUGUUGGUGAUGCAGAACCGAUCACCGAGAAUCUGGGGCAGACUGGUGAAUCAGCUCUAGGACCUGGACUAAUGGAUGAGUUUGUUCCAGAAGAAGCUGGUAGAGAGGAUCCUGUUGGUGAUAGUCAAGAAAUGAUGUUUCGAUCAGUAGGAAGAGCUGAUAGUGGUUCAAAAAUUUAUGGUUCGACCAAAGCUGGUUCUGUUGAAAGUGGGGAGAAGAUUAGCUAUACCUUGGGUCAGGAUAGCAGUGCUCAUCCUUCACUUUCUUGUAAUGCAAUAAUAUAUUCCAGCUAUGAAGCAUCCAAAGAGGGGGUAACUCAGACUGGCAAGGCAUCUACCACUGAUGAUUUUGCACUCCUGGGAUCAGAUUAUGUUCCUGAAAAUGGGACAGCAAAUGGAGAAAAUGAUUAUGAAGCAGGGGCUGGUGAAUUUGAUCCAAUUAAGUAUCACAACAGAUAUUGUCCUUGGGUAAAUGGAAAUGUUGCAGCUGCUGGUUGUGAAAGUGACAGUGGUUCAAGUUCCAGCAGUACUCUAGCUCUUUGUGGUUGGCAGCUUACACUGGAUGCCCUGGAUACUUUUCAAUCCCUUGGGCAUGUUCCUAAUCAAACAAUGCAGUCUGAAUCUGCAGCAUCUCUGUAUAAGGAUGAUCAUGCGACUCCAAGCCAGAAACUUUUGACACGCUGUUCUGCAAGUAAAAGCCAGGGAAAACACUGAUUGAGACAUAACUAAGUAUGGUAUCCUUUCAUUACCCAGUUCUGGUCAGCCAAGUGACUAAAUAUAAUUAUCCCUUAUAUAGUUAACUGAAGUCAUUCUAAGAUGUAAUUGGUUAUAAUUUUCUGUAUACAAGUCUUAGAUUCCUUGGUCAGAAACUUGUAUUUUCAAAUGUAUUUUGCCAUGUCUUCUACAUUUUUCUUCAAUUGUUUGUUAUUAAUUGUAUCAUGCGCAUCAGGCUGUUUAGUUUUUUGGGGUGAACCACAUGCCAAAUACCAUGCACAGGUUCACAUAUCCAGAAACACACACUACUAGUGUCAUCCAAAAUAUGGACCCUCUGAUCAGAUGUAUGGUCUCUGUGCUAUUUAACGAGCUCUUUAAGCA